CCCCACCACAAGACUGUAAGUGUGACUAUAUCUAUGUAUGUGAUUUGCAUGUCGUAGGUUUGCAAUUACUAAUAUUACAUAGCAUCGUAUGUAUUGGACCCCACCCCAUUAACACUGAUUUCUGACACCACCUGAUUUAAGAUUCUUUUAUUUCUAUUUAUUGUAUCGAAUCGUGUAAUAUUUUCAUGCAAUGAAAAAUGCACAGAAAGUUACCCCAUUUUUUAACUUUUCGAAUAUAGUUAGAUACAUCUAUAAGCAGUAGAUAAAUCUUCAACCUAUAGAAAUAGAUUUAUCCAUGAAUUACAAUUCAAAGAAAGGUGUAAAUAUAGAACAUCCGAGAGACAAAAAUGUAUUCUAAGUAUUUUGUAAGUUCUAAAGUGUCUAUCGCUGUUGGCAGUUGAUAAAUUCGAUAAAUUUCUCCAAAUUUAGCCUCAUAUUCCUUCGAAACAUCCCUUCAAAGCAUGGCAAUUAUUUUUAUACUGUUGAUAUGUGAGUAAAUGUUUUGCGCAUGUAAUAGAUUUUUAAAAUACAUAUAUAUUUGAUUUUGACAUGUAAUCGAUAACUCUAGAAGUGAUUGCAUAAGACGGAAUUCAGAAACCUAUACUACACAUCUCUAUGUUCUAAAAAUCUAAGAAGUGGCCAUCUUUAAGGAAAUCAUUAACAUGAUCGCACACUUGAAAAAAGACCACUCUAAAAAUCACACACACACACACACACACACACACACACACACACACACACACACACACACACACACACAAUGCCUUUCAUUCCAAAUUCCAGAUUAACGUCUCGUUAAAAGAAGAGUUUUCGGGGGAAAGUUGAAACACAUUAUAUGUUUUGUAUUAUAUAUUGAUUAACUUCAUAUUUGAUGUUAAAACGUAAUUCACUAAAUUUUUCAUUGACUUCCAAGAGCAUAUAUCAUUAACUAAAGAAUGCUUCAUAGUGAAAUUAUUCUUAACAGUUAAAUAUGAUUUGUGUUUUCGUAUAUUUACAAGCAUUUUCUUUUGGUUCAAAAUCGGUAUUCAUUCUAAAAUACAUAACUUCUCUACCACAUUUUUCUGUAUAUGACGGAGCUAGCAGGCAUAUUGGCAUACAGUUACAGAUUGUUCCCAGCCAGUAGAUCUUGUUUUUGUUCUGGACAGCUCGUGGAGUUUAAUGAGUGAAACUAACUUCCAGAAGGAGCUCAAGUUCGUAGCAGAUGUAGUGAGUGCAUUAUCUUCCCGGAUGGGUCAGUCCCGACUGUCCGUUAUAACAUUUAGUGAUGAUGCGACAAUGUCUAUCCCUCUGACAAUGUACCAGUCAACACCAGAAUUUAUCAACAAAGUACUGAACCUACCGUGGAAUGGUGGGAAUACUUACACUGACCAGGCGCUAGAAAUGAUGUACAAACAAUUUGACAGUUUCCGCCAGUCAGGGAGGAGGAGCGUAGGGGUCGUGAUCACUGAUGGAGGGUCAACCAAUCCAUUUCGGACGACGUCAGUUGUAAGGAAGGUCAAGGAAAGGGGCAUCACAAUGUUUGCAAUUGGUGUUGGAAUGAGUAUUAACAAAAGGGAACUGCAAAUGAUCGCCUCGGAACCAGUUAAUCUUCACGAGUUCAUGGUGGAUGAUCUGGACGGACUGAACAUGCUCAGAAGUACUUUGGUGUCCAGGCUGUGUCCAGGUACAACUAAAACUCCAUCUAUAAUUUGUUCGAGUGAACCGGCUGACAUCUUCUUCAUCGUCGACAAGUCUUCCAGUUUGCAGAGCCAACUUAAUUUUGAUAAGGAACUCCAGUUCAUCGCUCGUGUCCUCGAUAACCUCGUCAUAGGAACAGGACCCGAUGACUCGAGAGCAGGCCUAAUUUCUUUCAGCACCAAUGCCACACUGGAGUUCGGUCUGCCUACCUAUAGGACGAAUGAUGAAGUGAGGAACGCGCUUUUGGCGUUGCCGUUUACUACGGGGGAUACUUACACACACAAAGCUUUCAACAUCAUGCUGAAUGAAUUUGCAAAUACUGCCAGACGUGACCCGCGGGUUAGGAAAAUAGGUUUCAUUGUCACUGAUGGACAAUCUACAGAUCCGAAUAGUCUGAGAGCUUCCAUUGCAAGGCUGAAGCAAACUGAUAUUGAAAUGUAUGCAGUCGGCGCUGGCACGUUUAACUCAGAGGAGCUGAAGAUGAUGGCGAGUAAACCAACCAAUGUGUUCAAAGUAGAUGAACUAGAUGAUCUGCGUACCAUUAGCGUUGAACUGAACCUGAAGAAAUGUAAAGUAGCAUAAUAGAUUCUCCUCUUAGUUUACAAAUAUUAGAGACUUACCGAGAACGAGAUCGCCCGAGAAAGUCACGUGAUAUAUACACAUAUAUAGAUAUACUCUAAUAAUUGAAGUGUUCUCGUUGUUACCUGUCCCGAGUAGAGUGGCUGUAGCUAUGUAAAGAUACAGAGUGCAAUGUGAUACAUUCCAUUAUUGAUGACGAAAUUCUUGUUCUUUCAUAAUGUGCGUAAAUGAAGCAAGAUUAAAAAGAUAAUGACACAUGAUAUGACUUUCGGAUAUUUUUGACGUAUUAUACGAAUUACAUAAUUAUUCAAAGAUGAAAACUGGUUUAAAAAUGUUAAAACUAGACUUUAUCCAGGUUUCAUUUUUAAAAAAAAAUUAAUACUGUUUGAUCACAGCACUCUUGAAAUGAUCUUGUAUUAUUCUAUCUUAUAUAUACGUUCUGUAACCACUAUCCAGCAUACUGUCGUAAGUUUCUCCUUUUUAUAUAGUGGACGUAUUUAUAGAGAAUUUUGAUGAAUUGUAUUCAUAGAAUAUUUAGUAUGAUUCAAGACAUACAUCAUUAACUUCUGCAUUAAAUCUUUAUAUUCUUAAUUGAGUUUGUAGAUUUUUUUCAGAUGAAAGAUUAACGAGAAUUCGAUAAUUUAGUGAAUGAGAUUUAGGAAUAAUUUUUUUCAAUUUUUAUUUUUGGUUUACAAUUUACUUUGUGUUCAAGUGUUUUUGAGUUGUAGAUGUAAUCCACGUGUUGUAAUCUUCGUGUAUGUUUGUAAUGUACUAAUAAAUGACUAUAUAACAAAA